AUGGCCGAAGAACCCAAAACGUGGUCGUCCAGCUCGCAACCUUCUUCUACAUCUAAAUCGCCCGAAGAAAUUCUCCAGAAACCUCAGGUUCCAGCACUCUCUGGGCUUCCAUCUUUCCCAAAUGGUGAUUUUCAGAUGUUACCAAUCAUGUACCCACUUCUUGUUCCUGGGUUAAAUCCUUUACAAGAUCAGGAGCAGAUGAACCGUGGAGCAGGCAUAUAUGCUGUUCCUGUUCACCCAUUUAUGGGGCCAGUUACAGGAGUUUCAUCUAACACUCUGAUUCCGCUUACCUACAACAUACCCACAACUAGAGCAAGUCCAGAGGUUGGCACUGUAGGGGAGCAGCAAGGCCAAGAGGGAGAACAACAACAACAGCAGCAACGUCAACAGCAACAGCCUGCACAUCAGAGACAAGUGGUUGUGAGGAGAUUUCAAAUUGCAUUUCAGCUUGAUGUGUUGCUUAUUGUGAAGCUUGCAGCUGUAAUAUUUCUAUUCAAUCAAGAAGGGUCUAGACAAAGGCUUGUUGUCCUUGUGAUUGUCGCUUCAAUUGUCUACUUAUAUCAAACUGGCUCGCUCACACCAUUAGUACGAUGGCUCUCUCAAGGCAUGCAUAGGGCAGCUGUGCCUCCUCAUCCCCCAAGGCCUGUAGCCAGGGCCGGAAAUGUUCCUCCUGCUGCAAGGCAGGGGGUUGACAAUGCUGCUUUGGCAGACGGACAGCCGGGAGCCGAGAAUGAGAAUCGGCCUGCAGAUGAUGGAAAUGAGGCGGUUGGAAAUGAGAAUGUGCCAGCACCUGAUGGAGCCAAUGGUGGUAACCGCUGGUGGGGAAUUGUUAAAGAGAUUCAGAUGAUCGUUUUCGGCUUCAUCACUUCACUUCUCCCAGGUUUUCAUAAUAUAGAGUAG